AUGAGAGCUGCCAUUGCUCUUCUUUGUCUCUGCCUGUUAGCUUUUGGAUUUGCUGCUCCAACAUCUUCCUACCAUGGAAAGCCCGCAGUAAUCCACGACGGUUCUUCUCUACCUGCUCCGACUGACGUCGAUGGCCGUCUUGAUCAUCGCGAGCUCACGGCUCUUGAAUUAAGAUCAGAAUCUCGAUGCAACUUCGAUGCCGAUACAAACGAACUGCUUGAUGAUGUUGAGCGAACGCCGACCCUUCGGGACACCUGCUUUCGUCAUCGCCUUACUGCCUUCGCCAAGACGGUCAUUCUUGUCACAGGCGAGAUCGGUCUCGCGUUUUUUGCCCUUGUGGCAAUUCUAGUGACAGUGACAUAUCUGUGGCCUGAUAGGCAAGCAUAUUACUCGGUCUCCGAUAAUACCACCGCUAAUCAAGUCUGUAGGAUCAAGCGUGCCACCGCCUUAGAUUCGCACACCGGUCAUCGCAUGGUUCCUCGCUCAGAGAGUAUGGAUAAAUCAGUUGGGAAGGCCACUUGA